GCACAACCAACACUCUUCGCAGCGAGUCUGAUGACAAACUAUUUGACAGCGGAACGGGCGUGCCGAACAACGCCCGGGACAGUCAGGGUAUAGGUGACCCUUCAACUUUUCAAGCUGCUCGAGUGACCUAUUCUGUGCAACCCCUCAAGUGUUAGAGGCUGGAGUCCUGUCUCCUCAAGUGUAACACUCGUCGUUUUUGACACUAGUGGGGGAACGCUUCUACGCCCAUAAUGUUUAUCAGGCACUCGUUUGCUUUCCUUCUUGCCCUCCCAUCCGUUCUCGUAUCAGCCGCGGACCCGGCUCAGCAGCCUAUCCAGGGGGCUUGUGCUCCUGAUGUCUGUGAUCAACUGGGGUGUGGGGGCUACCAACUGGAAAAUUAUCCUGUUACGACAAAUUAUCAACAAGUCAUGACGGGACCGCAACCGUGGCCUACACCUGAUGGCGCAACUGUCGUUGGUUUUGGAGGGGCGGAUGGUGUUACGACCGUUGUUUUCGAAGCGACGAAACCUGCUUAUAUCGCUGUGCCUACUAACCCACCUGGUAAAUGGACGGUUAUUGAGGAGGCCGUGACCAUUCCCAAUGGCCCUGGAAACACGUUGACCAUCACGAGUCAUGCGUUGAGGACCGUUCCUGCGUGUCCCGCUCCUUCGACGAGGACGGUUACGUCGACUACUACGACGACGUUCACUUCUAUUACUACAACUACCGUGACAGUCACGCCGCCACCUCCGCCGCCUCCGCCACCAACAUGCACGCCUGCUAUCCUCAAACCCUGGACCAAUGUCGAUAACAGCCCCUUCCGCUUCGUAACCAAUGAUUCAUUCCCACAGAUCCUCAGUAUCCAAGGUGCGGGUCACAAGACGGAAAGAUACUCUGUCAUCGUCGACGGACAGCAAAUUGGAACUACUUCCCCCAUUAACCCUGACUCGGGCGUUUGGUGCGCUCUCACUCCCUUCGCCAGAGACACUUGUGAAGUCAAAGGCCUCAGUAAAGGACAGUUCACCAUCCCCCCCGGAUCGCACGUUGUCGAAAUCGUCAACAUCAUCGGAGUUGCCAAGAACCCUGAUGCCUACUUCUACCAGCUUGAGCGUCAAUGUACUUCUACUAUCCCUCCUCCACCUCCAUGCUCGCAAAGGCCUGUUCAGGAUGUGGAGGCUAUCCCGGUUUUCAACUCUAAACCUCACAUUUUCCCCAACAAGUACAACUUCCCUACCAAGUGGACGAUAAUGAAUGCGGGUUUGCGUAUCGCGAAGUAUAAAAUCUCGAUAAAUGGAUACGUCGUUGGCGACACAGACGCAUAUGCCGUCGAUCGCAACCUUUGGUGUGGUAUCGCUCCCAAUGACUACCAAACCUGCCUGGACAGUCAAAUGAGCAAAGGAGAUUUUGUUUUACCUGCCGACGCAGUCACCAUCACUGUAACACUGGAACCCGGAGUUAUUGACCCAGAAUUUGAAGCCGGUGUGAUACUUUACAAGAUUGACACCUACUGUCCAUCUUAAGUCCAUACUGUUGCUAACCCAGAAGUGGGACACCUAAGCAAAAGUCGAUCAUACCUCCUGCUACGCCCCUCAAAAGGAAUUAUCAUUUUGCUG